AUAGGACAGCAUGAGCUGCGGGCUUAUAAACGAGCGGUGGCUGGGCAGUUCGUCUUCCUGAGGACUGCGUGAGUAACCUUUACCCAAUCGGCUCCAUAGGAACCAGCGGGGUGGGCGAGAUGGAGGGGGGGCACUAAUAUGUACUGCUUUUGUAGCAAACCGUCUCGGACCUUAUCUAGUAGAGCCUACAUGUGCGAACACGUGCCGAAGGAUGACCUGCUGCCCGGUUCCGUGUCAGAGGAGUACCGCUCUCAGCUGCCUGAUGUGUCCGAACCUCCUUCAUGUGGCGGCUUCCGUGAAGGUUCUGGCUGAAGAGGCUCAAGACAGAAACGGUUCACUCGCUGAGAGGAUUUUUCAGGAGAGUCACGGAGAAAAAUGCAUUACAGCGCUUAUGCGUCUACUAGAUUCUCAGGAUGUGUGGCUGUGCAGUAUGGCAGUUUAUAUCUUUGGGAUGCUUUUGGAGAAUGAAACUAUGGUGCAGAAACUUAAAGAGUGGACAAAUGAAGACAACAAUCUUUGCUGGACCUUAGGACAACUCCUGCUGAAAGACGAUCCUGAUAUUGUUUUGAAUGCUGCUGGAGCCAUAGCAUCACUGGUUGAGACCCCUUUGGGACGCCAGUGGCUGCUACAAGACCACGCUGUGUUCAGUCAAGUCCUUGAGAAUGUGGUGUGUCUUCUGGACAAUGGGAGAGAGAAUAUAAUUAACUCAGCUGCUCUCAUUCUAGCACGACUGUCUCUGUGUGAGAUGGCCUGCAGAAAGCUUAUAUCUCACUCCUCAGCCUCAAGAACCAUCCGUCGUCUAGUACAGUGCCUGGCCCACAGCCACACAGACACUGCUAUGAAUGCAGCCUUCACUAUUGGCCGCUUGUGUGGAAGUGAGCAGGGCAGAAGGGUCAUUCUGGCUGAAGCCAAAGAAUACAGAUUGGCAAGCAGCCUUCAAGCUCUACUGUCAAAUGGAGCAGGGCCAGAGGCAGGACAAACAGCCUGCUUUACUUUGAGUUGUCUAGCAUCUGAGGUUGAUGGACAUGCCUUGCUGAUGGAGAGUUCCUCCUGCCCUGCUUUGCUGAAUGGUCUGCUAAGCUUACUGAAGAGUGGAGAUCCAGACAGUACUUGGUUUGCUGCUAUGACUGUCAGAGUGUUUGUGUCUCGGCCAAUUGGAGUGAUUAGAGUUAGAGAGCACAAAUCUUUGGAGGAGCAGCUAAAGUGUCUCUCUGUCUUUCCAUCAACGGGGCCUGAGCUGCAGGAGGAGCUUAGUGCUUCCCUGAGGAAGCUGAGGCACCUUUCCAAACCAUCUCCCAUUACAAUCCAGCACCUUCAGUCAGGUGCCUACAUUGCAUCAUGGGAGAGAAUGGAGCCUGAGAGUGGCCUUGAGGUCACUUAUAGCCUCUUUGAUGGAGACACUGUGUUGUACCGAGGCUCACAGUGUCAGGUCACUUUACCUCAAUCCCACCUCCAGAUUAAACAAUCCCUGUCUCUACACCUAAAUCUGUCUACCUCAGACGGUGACACCAGUCCCUUUAGUGACCCUGUGGAAAUGACAUUGGAGACGACAGGCAUUAGGCCAGGUACACCACAGGAGCUGCGUGUAAUUGGCUGCACAGCAACUCAGGUGCGAUUGAGGUGGGUGGAGCCAAACGGAGAGGUCAAGCCUAAAUCAUUCCAAGUCUACUGUGAUGAUGUGCUGGUUGAAACCACCACAGAGCUGGGGACUACAAUUAGCUCUCUGUGUCCUAGUACUACCUACACAUUAAGUGUGUGUGCGCUUGGUCCUGGAGACACAGCGGGUUCUCGGUCCAGUACCGUUGUGCAGACUGAUGAGGGUCGGGACCAUGCUCCCAGUGGUCUGACGGUGGCCGUCUUGGGACGACAUGAGCUCCACAUCAGCUGGGGCGCUCCAGCUGUGCCGCUGGGGCGACUGUUCAACUAUGAACUGCAUCUAAAUGGCAUUGUGGUGUACUUGGGCACAGAGAGGGCGCACACGGCCCGCCGCCUUGCUGCUAACACAGCUUACACCUGCACGGUAACAGCAAUCACCUCCAGGGGGCGCUGCCAGAGCAGGCCUGUCACCAAAAGGACAGCAAAGGAUGAAUAUCUGAACACAAACAGGUGUCUGAAUUCUCCCAGCCGUCAGCCCAUCACACAGCCUUUACCAUCUCCUCCAGGGGUCCGAGAAGUGAAAGAGGUCAAGGUCACAAAGUCAUUAUCCCCACACAGACGUCUACCCGAUGUCCAGCUGACCAUUCAUCACUACACAGACCCUGACCUUAAAAAAGUCAGGCACAGGCUGCCCUCUGUGCCAGUGCAGUCCCACAGUAACACGAAAGGCAGAUCUAAGCUGACGUCUGAAGUACAGAGGUUAAUGGGUCUUGUCAAUGAAUUGGAUGUCAGUGCAGUACGGAACAGUGCCAGUGACCAUUCAGAUGCAGGAGUGUUUCCUGUGAAUACUGCUGACCAUCCUAUGAUUCAUCAAGAACAGACACUCAGACCCCAGCAUCAGUCAGAUUCUCUGCUGGAUACACACUUUAGACCAAAGAUCAGCCCAGCCAUGCUGCUACAGUGGGGUUCUGACAGGACAAGAUCAGACAGAGGGAGGCUGCCUCUCAUUGGCCAGCGUAUAACUGAAAAUGUGAGACUUCUCCAGCCUGUCUCCUAUAAGUGGCCUGAUCUAGACCGGACAGAGCACCAUCAUAAUGAAAAACACAGAAACAGGCUUGCAACUGGGUCAAGAGUGCACGGUCAAUUAAAGGGAAGACAUUACCUUAUAGCAAACUGGACAAAAACUUAGUUGCACAGAGCUGACAACUUGCACCAUGUUUUUGAUGUAGCUUGUUGAGUUUUGUGUAUGUGUUUCAUAUUGGGUGAAUUCACUGUGUGUGUUUUGCCAGUAGCACAACACUAGUCACGUGUGCUAAGAAGAUGGUUAGAUUUAAAGGUUAUUUCUUUAAGAAAAUAUAAACUACAUUUUCUGUUGCACAA